AUGGGGGUUGCCGAUUUGAUUAAGAAAUUUGAGACCUUUUCGAAGGACGAAAGCUCCAGCGGACAGUCAACAAAAAUGACUGCGCCAAAGCCAGUUGUGGCCGACAGAGGAAACAAGGUAACUGGGGAACAGGAUAGAUCUGAACCAGAAUCCCAACCGCUUGAAGAAGUGCAUGUGCCAGAAGGUUCUCCGAAUGCUGACAAUGCCCAAGCACCAGAGAGCACCACGGACGUUAUCACAAACGAGGAAGGCAGUGUUGGAACACAGCAGGAAAUAGACACCCCCCAGUCGCAGGGUACUGUAGAGAUAAACCAAUACACUGAAAAGGCUGAUCCACAAGAAGACGAUCAAGCUGAGCCGGAGACACCGGAUGCCGAGGGGUCGCAUGAUAAAACCGAAGAAGCCGAAGAGUCCAACGAGCCCGAGGAUCCUGAGGAGGAUGGCGAGGACGCCAAUGAUGACACUCUUAACGCAGAACCCACAGAAGAUAUUACAGAAGGGGUAAAGACAGAGGGUACCAACAGUAAGAAAAAUAAGAAGAAGAAAAACAAGAAGAAAAAGAAGAAGGCUGCUGAAGCAGCCGCGUCGAAUUCCAGCGAAUCCCUCAGUGAAUCGAAGACCGAAGUUGUUGCGCAGGAGACUUCCGAUACGCUUAGGCAUCUGUAAAUCCCCAACUGAAGAACAAGUUCAAACUUUGAACGCCGAGGUUCAACAAGAAGAAGUUGAAUCUGCAACACAUGAGGAUUUUGAAUCGAAAGAACCAACUCCAGACACGCGAAUUGGACGCGACGAUCCUUUCCAGUUUGGCCAGCGAAAGCUACAAGACGAAUCUGAUAUAUGGAAUCACAAUGCAUGGGACAAUGUGGAAUGGGGUGAGGAGCAAGUCCAGCAGGCCGAGGAGAAAAUUGCUGAACAACACAAAUGUCCUGUCUCCGAAUUUGAUAAAACCCUUUACAAUUCGAACCCUGCAAGAUACUGGGAUAUUUUCUAUAAAAAUAACAAGGAAAACUUCUUUAAGGACAGAAAGUGGCUACAGAUUGAGUUUCCAUCUCUUUAUGAAGCAACGAAGCCCAACGCAGGCUCUAAAACAAUUUUCGAAAUUGGAUGUGGUGCAGGAAAUACAAUGUUCCCUAUCCUAAGCGAAAAUCAAAAUGAACAACUGAGAGUAAUUGGGGCUGAUUUUGCUCCAAAGGCUGUAGAUCUAGUCAGGACCAGUGAAAACUUUGAUCCAAAGUACGCUCAUGCGACAGUUUGGGACCUCGCUAAUCCCGAGCACAACCUUCCGGAUGGUGUAGAGCCUCAUUCAGUUGACAUUGCGGUGAUGAUAUUUGUUUUUAGCGCACUAGCUCCUGAGCAGUGGCACCAUGCGAUGGAAAACUUGACCAAACUUCUCAAACCUGGUGGAAGAAUUCUCUUCAGAGAUUACGGCAGAUACGAUUUGGCUCAGACCAGGUUCAAAAAGAACAGAUUGCUGGAUGAUAAUUUUUACAUCAGAGGUGACGGUACGCGUGUAUACUUUUUCACUGAAGAAGAGCUUAGGAAGAUCUUCACGGAAAAAUAUUUUACCGAGAAACAAAUUGGAACCGACCGCAGGCUGCUUGUCAAUAGAAAACGGCAAGUUAAAAUGUACCGAGUGUGGCUUCAGGCAAUAUUCGAAGUUCCAUUGUGA